AUGCAUGCCUCAGACCUGCAGCGCUUACAGCGCUUGUUUGCGUACUUCAAAAAAAACACAAGCAAAAUGUUGGAGGGUUGCUGUGCGUUAGUUGAGCUCAUUGAUGAGGACGACUUAACAAACUGGUACGUGCUGUUGAAGUACGAGGAUGAAAACAAUAAGGAGUUUUUCGUUUCUUUGCGCAUCUACUUCUUCGAGGAGCUGCAACGUAUGCCGCUUGUAUUUGUGAUUGCCCCUCGGCUCGUAGCAACCUUCAUUCACCACGGCGCAAUUUGUUCGCUAGAGCUGAUGUCGCAGCAGUGGUCGGUGGAUGCGGAGGGAAUCGCACUCCUCAUUCGCUCACUGCACGCCACGCUGAACCCAUUCAGCCAUGACAGCAAGGUGACGGUGGAUGAACUUAAUAGCAGUAUAAGUAGCGGGAACCAACAACACCAGUUGCCGGCCGCCGACGCGAUGGAUGUUGCCGCUGCUCCCGCCGUUCCUGUCGCAGCGUACACGCAGAACGAACAUGAACUGGGCAUUCAACACAUUCGUCAGUCUCAUCCGCACCUCUUCCGCGGUUGUUCCCGCAAAGACUUCUUCAAGCAGCAGCAACAACAACGACAACAAGAAGAUUUACUAGCGGCAGCAUUUAUGAAGAAUGGCGUGGUGGUCCCGAACUCUUCCGCCGCCUCCUCUACUUCAUAUGCAUACGACGAUGGAAGGGGAAUGGCAUCAGUCAAGAAGGCAACUAUUCAUUCUGGGGAUGAACUACAGAAACUCUUUUUUGCGGGUGGGGUGAUGGAUGUUCAGCUGGAUCUUGGAGGUCAGGACUUGCCAAAUGGAGGUCGUUGUGAGAGCGUUGAUGAGCAUCUUGUGAAGUGUACGUUACCCACGGCCGGUUUCGCUACCCCGAGUUACACGAUGACGAUAGCGCCGUGCCGCGUGGAAAAGAAGGAGGAAGCAAAGAACCUUCAUAUAGCCUUAGAUACACCAACGGCUACUAGCGACGUUGGCUUGAUGGUUCCUGACACGGAUUUAUCUCGUAACGGCGAGGCUGCGGAUUGCCGAAGACGGGUAGACCAGCAACUAUCCAUCACAUCUAGCGUUGACGGCGAUGAUAUGGUAUGGGAGAUCAAACCAGAGCGUCGUAGGAAGCAUCAAGGCAAUAAAAACAUACACCCCCGUCUACAGCUUGAUCAGGGAAAGAAAGAAAGCGGAGUGGUUUUGAUCCUGACAGGUGAGGUUGUCAGAGCCACGAAUAAUAGUGAUAUUCUUCCGAGUGUACAACGACGUCGGAAGCCGGAGGCUCCUUGCACGGUGCCGGUGGGAUGCACUUUACGACUUGAAAACCUUACGGUUUACGGUGCGAUUACUGUACUUGGAACUCUUGAAAUGUCUGAAUGCACUUUCAUUGGUUACUUUUCCACCGAAGGUGGAGGACGUGUGGGAAUUUCUCAAUGUAACGUGUACGUGGACUGUGCCGAAACACGUAGAGAAGGGAUUCUGGUCCUUGAUGCUUCAACCGUGGAAAUACGGAACAAUACAACGGUGCAACGAAGGGAAUACACAUUUGAAAAUGAGAAAGAAACUCCUUCUAUUAGUCCAGUUGCACCGUUUGUGCUACAAUCUCUUAUACUGGUUUCUAAUAGUGGAACGUUGCACAUGCAGGGUGGUUGCCGUAUCAUGUCGCAUAGCACUGAAAAAACAAUAUUUGCAGAACAAGAUGCCUCAGUAGACAUUGCCGAUUGUAGUAUUAUGGCAGGAAGCAGCAGUGCAGUUAGUAUACUUGGGUGUCGUGCUUUUUUUGCCAACACACGUUUUUAUGGGGAGGAUAGUGUCGAGUUACAAGUCUCCGAUAUUAAUCGUCUAACUGGACUUAAUGUGGAGCUUGGGGGUCUUGUCACUGCCCGUCAUUGUGUGGCGGAGCAUCUAUACUUUGGCUUUUCGGUUAUUGCGCACUCCGUUUCACACUUCUUUGGGUGCCACGCCGAACAUGUUGUGAAUGGCUACACCAUUGAUGCCUCAUCUGUGACUAUUGAAAACAGCUCUGCCCACACCAACCAUGUGGGUGUAUUUGUGCUGAAUAAGGCGAAAUGCAUCAUCAAUAAUGACAAUGAACACGUUCUUCCGUUUGAAGAACGUUGCCGCCUUUUACUCAAGGCACGUGAAAACGUUGGGCGCCCGCGGAAGUUUCAGCGCGGGGAUAGACGCAUAUGCAAGGAAGAUCCAGAGACAGAUAUUGCCUUUUCCUCUGUGUUCAGCAGCCCGACUGCGCCACCGCAGCCACACGCAGCCACAGCAAGUGAAGAUGAAGCAAUGGAUCUUUCCGCUCUUGAAGUUAUUGAGCCUAUUGGUAUGAAUAGGAAACCUUUUGACCCUCACCCUGUCUCUGGGGCAACGACAACAAAUACGUCAAUUUUUCCUCUCUCUUUUAAGGGGGGACUUUUUAGUCUGGAGGUCCGUGAUGCAUGUAUGGUGGCAAAAGGGAUGCUUCUUGCAGAUGCACAGGACACUUCCAUCUACGUCUACGAUCAGGGCUCGCUUACACUCACCGACGUUGUUGUGUGUAAAUCAUUGGCAUUGUCACAGCAGCCAUGUGGAGUAAAAGUUGUGAACAGCCGAGCUUAUGUGCAGCGAUGUGUAGUGGCGGAUUAUGCAUUUGGUUUUGCCGCUAUUCAGGGAUCUUCUGCUCGUUUUGAAGAAUGCAUGGCUGUGGGUGGGACGAAUGGAUUUACUGUUGAUGAUGCUCAUUGCACCUUGCAUCACUGUGGUGCGACCACGGAUCACGUUGGUGUAUUUGCUCUCAAUCGUUCAACACUGCGAAUGGAUAACUUAAAUGCCGCUAAGUGUAAGGCAGGUUGGCUUUCGUGUGUGCUGAAGGGUCAUCUACAUGGAUUAGAGAGUCGUUCAAGCGAUACAGUGUGCAUUGGGGUUACAGUUCAGCACGGGCUUGACAGUGGGUUUACAUGCUACAAUGGUGGAUGUCUCCGUCUUGAGAAAUGUACCGUUGACAUGGGUGCCACCGCUUCUAGUGAAUCUAAUAUUGGCGAAACCUCGUGUCGUAAGUGCUUUUCUUCUGGUAUUGGCCGUUCAAGCUUUAUUUCUGCUUCAGACACUGAUGCUGCUGAUAGAACUGAUGAAGGCUGGAAUCGAGGCAGAAUGGGAAAUGUAUCUGCAGUAAAUUUAGCUCACGCUGAUAACUCCGGCAAUUUGCCGUCGUACAGCUCCCAAAAGAACUCUGGUGUGAAGGCCUGGUCGGGAAGUCGCUGUAUCGCUAUUGGGUGUGAAGUACGGCACGUAACGUUUGGGUACGCCGCGAUUGGUCCUGACACAGAACUGGAGGCUUCUCACUGUACCGCAAAGCAUAUUGUGAAUGGUUUUACAGUUGACGGCGCCAAGUGUCGGUUGUCACGUUGUAGCACCAACAGCAAUCAUGUGGGCGUGUUUGUGCUUAGUCAUGGAACGUGCAAGGUGCGCCGAGGCAGCUACACAGCUCGCAUGUAUAGCAUUGAGAAUCGCAAUGGUAUUGUGCAUAUAGAAGGACAUGUGAAGCUGAGUGGUUUUUCACGAAUUGGCCUCUACGUUUACGAUGGUGCGAGAUUGGACACUUUGACAGACAGCAUGUUGGAUAUCAAGGUUUGUAAGGACCCUGCACAACAGCAGUUACCUCCAGAGUCAACUCUUUCAGGGUCCUCAGCAACUCCAUCAGGGCUUUUUCCUUCAUGCUUUGCUAUUGAUAAGGGUACUGCAGUUAUUCACAACGCUUUUUUUGGUGGUGGCGCACAAUGUGCUGUGAGUUGUGGAGAUGGUGCGAACGUGUAUCUUCACCAAUGCACUGCAGAGUUUUGCAAUGUGGCGUUCAAUGCGCUCUCAGGAUCGCAAAUGUAUUUGUCAAACUGUUAUGCCCGACAUGUUCGACAUCACGCACUUAUUGUUCACCGUGGCGGUGUUUCGCGGGUAAAUUGUCAUUCCCCCGUAUCCUCGACAAGCGGUGUUUUGCAUGGAAGACUACAGAUUGAAGGAAAGUGCUUUCUGGAGCGCGUCGUGCUUCACCCCACAUCAGACGUGGAUGACGAACAAGCUGUCGCUUUCCGGCCGUCACUGCCACCUCCAUCCUCGUCCUCGGCAGAUCUUGCAUCUCCCAGGUCUCUCCCUUGUAUGCCGACAUUGUCUUCAACUUCUUCCUUGUUGAAGCCGAAUGGUCUCAUUCGUGUUUUCUGGAGUGGGGCGCUAGUGAUGGAUUGCUGCCUCGUUCUCCUUGAGGACCAACAUCGCGUGGUGGAGGAGGAAGCCGGUGGCAAAGAGAAUAUGGAAAAAUAUGUGAUUGUGGCGGAGGGUCGCAGGGCCACAGUACACUUGCGAAAUGUUCUUUUUCGGAAGGUGUUUGCGACCGUGCCCGGUUGUGUGGGGAGCUGUAACGCCUCGACGAGCUCUCAUGGUAGUGGGUUGUUGCCCAAAAAUAGACAUGGAAGCAAUGCCCCUUGUGACAGGCCAACUUGGUACGGCCUUGUUUUACUGCAGGGCGCAAAAGGUGACAUACGUGGCCUAUCUGAGGCAUCACUCAUAGGCGGUGAUGCUUCCUCUAUUUCUGGGGCAACCCUGAAACGUUCACUCGGGACAUCGCAGCCUCUGACGCAUUACCCCCCCACAACAUGUGUGGAAGAAGGCACGGACAGAAUCCCCCUUGUAGAUAACUAUGACUCUCUGGUGGACGAUGAUUCUCUUGCGCAGAAUGUUAAAAAGGGUCCAAAUGCGUUAUCAGGUGGUGAAGUCGUGCCCCUGCGUGUUUGCAUGACUCGAACAUCAUCGUUGGUGACAGAACAUGUGAAUGUGCGGCAGCUUAUUGCUUCUGGAGGGUCGACUAUUGAUGCUUCACAUUGCUAUUUUGCUGGGGCUGAGGCUGUGAUACUCAGUGGCGGUAGCAUCCUGCGGGCAGUUGAGAGUCGGUUUAUUGGAGCAGUUUGUGGUCCGGCCAUGCGGGUGGAGUAUGCCACUGUGCAUCUCAAUAAAUGUCGCGGCUAUUCCAUACGCAGGGAGGUAAUUGUGGCCAAGAGCGCAACGCUGAAGCUUGCUGAGUCCGUGUUUUUUCUGUUUAACUCCGAAAGCAAUGCCGCUAGCGGGGGAGCUUUCGCCACUGGGGAACGCUGGUUUGAGUUUUCCUCAGAGAACAGUGAGGACGGCGAUAGAAGAAAAGGUGAGGAUUUGUUAAUUUUGCAUCACCAGGGGCAUCGGAGGAGCGGUAGCGGCGAUGAUAAUAACGGAGAAAACGCCGUUUCAGCAAGUACGAAACAAGCGGACACUACUAUGUCAAAGACAGCUGCACCAACGUGUUUGCCGUUAGAAAAUACCCCUAUUGAACAUUGCAUGGUGGUGCCGUUAAAAAGUCCUUUGCUGUCUCUCGCCUGUGUUGAGGAGACACGGUCAGAUACUUUGCUGCAGGAUGCUAAAUGCCGGCAGAAGCAUGAAGACUGCGAAGUUGAUCGGCUGCCAGUUGCCGUGUGGAGUGUCCAGUCGAAAUCUUUUCAGGAGAAGUGUACCACUGAGGGAAGGGUGGGGAGGUUAACGUGCCGGACCGGCGAAUCCACUGGAUCUUUUAUACGCCGUAAAGCAGGUAGUUGUGUGACUGAAGUAUCCUUGGCACAUGUCGAAUCAGGGGCGGGGCAGUCGUGUGGAGGGGGACAUCAUUUUGCUGUGCGGCUGGAGCGUUCAAGUCUGUAUUGUUGCGGUGCCACAAGCAUUGAGGGUGGAAUUACAGCUGAUGCCUUCAGCAGGAUAGAGGCCUGUCGCACCCCAUGGUUCUCUCACAUUGUGCGUGUGGCAAGAACAGUGUUCUCCACCGUUUUUGGGACGUGA